GUAAACAAAAAACGAAUAUAACUAUAAUCCCAACAAUAAUAAAAAAAUAACAGUUAACAUACUCCCGAAAGAAGUGUCGAAGUUAUAUUGUAAAGCCUACAACAACAAGAAGAACAGUCGAUUUCAACUACAUAACAAUACAACAGCAACAUGGCUUUGCCAAGUAAUAAUAUUGGUACCGGCAGUGGUGGUGGUAGUGGCGGUGUUUUAGGAGCCACCGGCGGCGGUAGUGCUGGUAGUGGUGGUGUCGGAAAUAAUGAUUUGUGGCGCGAGUGUGUUGCGUGGUUAACGCGUUGCAAAAUUAUUCCACCCGAUCACAAAGCCAAUUGGCACGAUUCAGAAAUACGCGUCCUUGCCUUGACGCUACGAGAUGGUGUUUUACUUUGCAAUUUGGUCAUUUAUUUGGAUGCGAACAGUAUGGAUCCACGCGAUUUCAAUCGUAAGCCACAAAUGGCACAGUUCCUGUGCUGUAAAAAUAUCAAACUUUUUCUCGAUGUUUGCCGCAACCAUUUCGGACUGCGCGACUCGGAUCUCUUCGAGCCCACAAUGCUGUACGAUUUAACGAAUUUCCAUCGCGUGCUGAUAACGCUAUCCAAAUUAUCGCAAUGCCGUAAAGUACAACAACUGCAUCCGGAUUUAAUUGGUUUCAACAUCCAGCUUUCACCCAGCGAACGUUCCCACUCCGAUGAGGCCAUUUACAAGGAUCUACAUUCAACUACCACCGACAACAAUGCAUGUCACAACGAUCAUAUAAACACCAAAGAAGAGGAAGUCUAUCAAGAUUUGUGUGCUUUACAAAGAACCAGUAGAAGUCAGAUCACCUCAGCUACCAGUUUCGAGCAACGUGAUUACGUCAUACGCGAACUGAUCGACACAGAGUCGAAUUAUCUUGAUGUCUUGAAUGCCUUGAAGACAAAAUUCAUGGCGCCACUCGAACGUUACCUGAAUCCGGAGGAAAUUAAGCAAAUAUUUCCACGCAUACGUGAACUCGCUGAUAUCCACACAAGGUUUCUGGAAAAACUGCGCGAAUCUCUCUCGCCCAAUGCCAAAGUGAAAAUGAGUCAAGUAUUUUUGGAGUUCCGUGAGCCAUUCCUGCUCUAUGGCGAAUACUGUUCCUGUCUGUUGGGUGCCAUCGAUGUGCUGGCCGAUGUCUGCAAGAAGAACCAGAUUAUUGAGCAGCUUGUGCAGCAAUGCGAGCGUGAAUACAAUGUGGGCAAAUUGCAAUUGCGUGAUAUUUUAUCGGUACCCAUGCAGCGAAUUCUCAAAUACCAUUUACUAUUAGAUAAACUAGUCAAAGAAACCUCGCCGGUGCACGAGGAUUACCGCGCAUUGGAGCGUGCCAAAGAGGCAAUGAUCGACGUAUCUCAAUAUAUCAACGAAGUAAAACGUGAUUCCGAUCACUUAGUGAUCAUACAGAAAGUCAAAGACAGCAUAAUCGAUUUGCAUUUGCUGCCAAACGGUACCAACGAUCUCCUGCAAUACGGUCGUCUCCUCUUGGACGGCGAAUUGCACAUAAAAGCGCAUGAGGAUCAGAAAACAAAAUUACGUUACGCAUUCGUUUUCGAUAAAAUACUUAUAUUGGUGAAGCCGUUGCAUACGAAAAUGGGCGAUAUGCAGUAUACAUACCGUGAUUCGCACUAUCUCUCCGAAUAUCGGGUGGAGCAGAGUCAUACGCGGCGUACCUUGGGCCGCGAUACACGUUUCAAGUGUCAACUGCUGUUGGCGCGCAAGUCGGGCAAGACUGCUUUCACGCUCUACUUGAAAUCGGAGCCGGAACGUGAUAAAUGGCGCAAGGCGCUCACAGAGGCAAUGGAAAACUUGGACCCACCUGGUUGCCGCAAUACAGAUCACAAAAUGGAAAUUUAUACCUUCGAUGCGGCCACGACAUGCAGACACUGUUCGAAGUUCCUUAAAGGACGUAUACAUCAGGGCUAUCGCUGUAAGGUCUGUGAAAUUGCCGUACAUAAAGGCUGCAUAUCGUCAACGGGCCGCUGCAAACAGAAUCCUCUAAGCAUACCGCCGCCUGUUUGUGAUCGUCAGUUGUCGGAGUUCAAUUGGUUUGUUGGCACAAUGGACCGCGAUACCGCCGCUAUACGCUUAGAAAAUCGUCGUGUUGGCACAUAUUUAUUGCGUGUGCGGCCUCAAGGUGCAUCCAAUCCACAUGAGACCAUGUAUGCGCUGAGUUUGAAAACCGAUGAUCAUGUCAUUAAACACAUGAAAAUCAACCAAGAACCCGAUGGCGAAACAGUGCUCUAUUGUCUGUCGUCGCGCCGCCAUUUCAAAACUAUUGUCGAACUGGUUUCAUACUAUGAACGCAACGAUUUGGGUGAAAAUUUUGCGGGUUUGAAUCAAUCGCUGCAGUGGCCCUUCCGCGAAGUGAUAGCCACGGCUAUUUACGAUUUCGAACCGAAAGGCAGCAACCAAUUACAUCUUAAGACAGGCUGCCAAGUGCUGGUUAUUGGCAAAGAUGGCGACAGCAAAGGUUGGUGGCGUGGAAAAAUUGGUGAUACGGUCGGCUACUUCCCCAAGGAGUACGUGAAGGAACAUCCACCGAUGAGCGAUGAACUUUGAUAUUACAAUUAUGUAAUUUAUGUUGCGCAACCAACGGACCAACAUGCAAUUGCAUCGGAUAAUACAAGUUUAGCGGCUGACAGCUGCGUACCCACCACUAGCAGAGUGAUAAUGCCCAGAGGUGAGCAGUAGUCGCUCAAACCUCGCGCUGAUUAAACAAAAAAUUUAGAAAAAAAACGGGAAGAGAACAAUAAUUGUUGGUUGUUAACGGUUUGCUGCGGCAACUAGCUGCACACAGCGUACAUAUAAAUGUUUGUAGAAGUGCCAGUGUGCAUACGACAACGCAUGAAAACAAAAACAAAUAAUAAUAAUGUUAUUGAUUGUGCCAAUAGCUUUUUAUAUACAAUUUUAAUUACGUAUUUUAUAUUUACGUAAUAGUGUAUUUAUGUAGUUACUUAUACACACACAUAUGCAUGUAUGGAUAUGUGUAUUUUUAAACAACUUUGUUAUAUCGUUUUUUAUACUAAAUUGCAUAAUUGUGUAGUUUUUAG